GACACUCGCCGCCGCCGGGGCGUCCACUCGAGAGAGCGAGCGAGCGCCUCCUGUCGUCCGCACGGCGGCCCUGCCGGCCCUCGGCUCCCCCCGCACAACUCCUCCCGCCGCCGCCGCUCCCCCCCAUCCCCUCCUCCUCCAUCCUCCAGUUCAAAAUGGCGACGGCGGCGGCGGCGGCGGCGAUGGCUCCUCCGGGCUGCCCGGGUUCGUGCCCCAACUUCGCCGUCGUCUGCUCCUUCCUGGAACGCUACGGGCCGCUGCUGGACCUGCCCGAGCUGCCCUUCCCCGAGCUAGAGCGGGUGCUGCAGGCGCCGCCGCCGGACAUCGGCCACGGAGAAGUACCAAAAGAAUUGGUGGAACUCCAUUUGAAGUUGAUGAGGAAGAUUGGCAAAUCCGUUACAGCAGAUAGAUGGGAAAAAUACUUGAUUAAGAUAUGCCAAGAGUUUAACAGUACCUGGGCAUGGGAGAUGGAGAAAAAAGGCUAUCUUGAAAUGAGUGUGGAGUGCAAACUAGCACUCUUAAAGUAUCUCUGCGAGUGUCAGUUCGAUGAUAAUCUUAAAUUCAAGAAUAUAAUUAAUGAGGAGGAUGCUGAUACUAUGCGUCUCCAGCCAAUUGGGCGGGACAAGGAUGGCCUCAUGUACUGGUACCAGCUGGAUCAGGACCACAAUGUCAGAAUGUACAUAGAGGAACAGGAUGACCAGGACGGCUCUUCGUGGAGAUGCAUUGUCAGAAAUCGAAACGAGUUGGCUGAGACUCUUGCACUCCUGAAAGCACAAAUUGAUCCUGUACUAUUGAAAAACUCUAGCCAACAGGAAGACUCUUCCCGGGAAAGUCCCACUCUAGAGGAUGAGGAGACUAAAAAAGAGGAAGAAACACCUAAACAAGAGGAAUCGAAGGAAAAUGGAAAGAUGAAAGGUGAUGGGCAGCCAGGAGAUCCCAUCAAGCGCUCUGUGGCCAAAGUUCUAGAAGAGACAGCUGUGAAGACUGAAAAAGAGGACGGAAAGGAGCUCGCGAAACUUCCCGUCAUUGUAAAGCACGAAAAACCUCUGCCAGAAACAGAGGGGAAAAAGACCAUUAGGGAGGAAAGCGAUUCCUUCAAGGAAAAUGUCAAACCCAUCAAGGUAGAAGCGAAGGAAUGCAGAGUGGACUCCAGGGAUCUCAAGGUUAGCUCAGAGAGACUGGGCACACAGGAGCCCGAGCGAGUAGACUUUGGUGGCAGCAUCCGAUCUUCUCAGGACGUCCCAGAGAAAUCUUCUGAGGAAACAGAGAAGCUUAGAAAUGACCAGCAAGCCAAGAUACCACUCAAAAAGCGUGAAAUUAAGCUGAGUGAUGAUUUUGACAGACCUUUGUGUAAGUCAGCUACUCCAACAAAAGAAUUUUUGAAAGAUGAAAUAAAGCAAGAGGAAGAGAGUUGUAAACGGCUCUCUGCCACCAGUGCUCUGAGUCACGAAGGGAAACAGCUAGUGAAUGGGGAAAUUAGUGAGGACAAGUUAACUCCAACUCUUAAGCCGGAACAGAUGGAGACGCAGCUUUGUGAGACAAAGGAAGAUGGUUCUAGCAUCCCCUCUAAGGACGGAAAUGCUGUCACGGAGGGAGAUGGUGCUGAGAGCUUCAAUUCUGUCUCAGCAAGCUCAAAGAUAAAUGAGCUCGAGAAAGAAGUCCCUUCAGGAAAUGGUGUAGAUAGCUCUGUGUCUACCGUAGAGAGCCUCAGUCAGAAAGGAAGGUCAGAGGAGUCUGUGCCUCCAAACGUGGAAAUGCCUCUUGAGCCUUCGGAGACAGCGACCGAUCUCUCUUUAAAACCCGCACCAUCUGCUACUGAAUCCUGCACAGCAAAAGUCGAAGAGAAGGCCCCCAAAAGUAAGAAUGAGAACCACACUCCAGGCAUAGAAUGCCCGGAAAAGGUGGAGAAGGCCAAAAAGACUGUUGCUGAUAAGGAAAGGCUGAGUCCAAUACCCGAGGAGGUUGUAAGGAGUCCUCAAGAAUCAGAAAAGCCAGGGCCCUGUGAGGUGGCUGAAACUUCCCUCCCACCCGAGAUGACUGGCCCCAAGGAGAAACUGGCCUCAGAAAAAAAAGAAUGUCUAGAGAGUGGGUCAAGUGAAGGUCAGUCCCUUGAAAAUUCAAGCCCAGAAAUUCUAAAAGAGGAUUCUGAGUCCAGGAAGGUAGAAACGGCUAGUCUGGACAUGGUCCAGGCCUCUGGCGUGGAGGGUACUUCUGAGACCAGGAAGGCAGAAACAGCUAGUCUGGACAACGUCCAGGCCUCUGAGACAAAGGGCUCUGCGCAAAAGAACAAAUUCAAAUAUAAGGUAGUUCCUGAAGGAGACGGCCCUGCUUCAGAAAACACGGAGAUCACCUCUGAAAGGCAGAAGGAAGGCAUCAAGUUGACGAUUCGGAUCUCUAGUCGGAAGAAGAAGCCAGAUUGUCCCCCACAAAUUGUAGACUCUGAAAGCAAGGAAGAGAAGGUGGGGAAGGAAGAAGAGAAAACAAGCGUGGGGCGCACUUUAAGAAGGUCUCCAAGAAUAUCUAGACCCACAGCCAAAGUAGCCGAGAUCAGAGAUCAGAAAGCCGAUAAGAAGAAAGAAGGAGAAGAUGGAGUGGAAGAUGAGCCAGCAGCUUUGCAGAGAACAGACAAGAAGGAUCACUUGAAAAAAGCCGAGAAGGAUACAAGUUCUAAAGUGAGCAAGGUAAAACCCAAAGGCCGUGUCCGCUGGACUGGUUCGCGGUCGCGUGGCAGGUGGAGAUACUCCAGCAACGACGACAGUGACGGCUCUGACAGCGAGAAGUCCUCUGCGGCCUCGGAGGAGGAGGGCAAGGAGAGUGAGGAAGCCGUCCUUCCAGAGGAUGAUGAGCCAUGCAAGAAAUGUGGCCUCCCGAACCACCCAGAACUAAUUCUUCUGUGCGAUUCCUGUGACAGUGGCUACCACACCGCCUGCCUCCGGCCUCCUCUGAUGGUCAUCCCUGAUGGAGAAUGGUUCUGCCCUCCUUGCCAGCAUAAACUACUGUGUGAAAAAUUAGAAGAACAGUUGCAAGAUUUGGACGUUGCUUUAAAGAAGAAAGAGCGUGCUGAGCGAAGGAAAGAACGCUUGGUGUAUGUUGGUAUCAGUAUUGAAAACAUCAUUCCUCCACAAGAGCCAGAUUUUUCUGAAGAUCAAGAAGAAAAGAAAAAAGAUUCAAAAAAAUCCAAAGCAAACUUACUAGAAAGGAGAUCAACAAGAACAAGGAAAUGCAUAAGCUACAGGUUUGAUGAGUUCGAUGAAGCGAUUGAUGAAGCUAUAGAAGAUGAUAUCAAGGAGGCUGAUGGAGGGGGGGUUGGCCGAGGAAAAGAUAUCUCCACCAUCACAAGUCACCGUGGGAAAGACAUCUCCACUAUUUUGGAUGAAGAACGAAAGGAGAACAAACGGCCUCAGAGAGCAACGGCUGCCCGCAGGAAGAAGCGCCGGCGACUUAAUGAUCUGGAUAGUGACAGCAACCUCGAUGAGGAGGAGAGCGAGGACGAGUUCAAGAUCAGUGACGGGUCUCAGGAUGAGUUCGUUGUUUCUGAUGAAAACCCAGAUGAAAGCGAAGAAGAUCCGCCAUCUAAUGAGGACAGUGACGUGGACUUCUGUGGCCGCAGACUGAGGCGGCAUCCUUCUCGGCCAAUGCGGCAAAGCAGGCGGUUGCGGAGAAAGACCCCAAAGAAAAAGUACUCUGAUGAUGAUGAAGAGGAGGAGGAGUCUGAGGAGGACAGUAGAGACUCUGAAAGUGACUUUAGCGAUGCCUUUAGUGAUGAGUUUGUGGAAACCCGGCGAAGACGGUCAAGAAGGAACCAGAAAAGACAGAUCAACUACAAAGAAGAUUCAGAAAGUGAUGGUUCCCAGAAAAGUAUACGGCGUGGUAAAGAAAUCAGGCGAGUCCACAAGCGCAGGCUCUCCAGCUCAGAGAGUGAAGAGAGCUAUAUGACCAAGAACUCUGAAGAUGACGAGCUAACGAAAGCACCUAAGCGAUCUGUUCGGAAACGGGGCCGAAGCACGGAUGAGGAUGAUGAAGAGGAAGGCAAACCGUCCCGCAAGCGGCUCCACCGCAUUGAGACGGACGAGGAGAGCUGUGACGAUGCUCGUGGAGAUGCAGAGCAGCCUCCCCACGACAGCCAGCCCAGGGCCCUGCCCUCAGAGCAGGAGAGCAGCAAGAAGCCCUACCGGAUAGAGAGCGACGAGGAAGAGGACUUUGAGAACGUGGGCAAAGUAGGGAGCCCAUUGGACUACAGCCUAGUGGACUUGCCUUCCACCAACGGACAGAGCCCAGGCAAAGCCAUUGAGAACUUGAUGAGCAAGCCAGCUGAAAAGUCCCAGACCCCCAAGGACAGCGGCACGGCCAGUGUGAAUCUAGCCCCCAAUGGGACAAGUGGUGGACAGGAGGUGGGGGCCCCAGAGGAGGACGAAGAUGAGCUUUUGCGAGUGACUGACCUUGUGGAUUAUGUCUGUAACAGUGAACAGUUAUAAGACUUCUUUCCAUUUUUGUGCUAAUUUAUUCCACGGUAGCUCUCACACCAGCGGGCCAGUUAGUAAAAGCUGUUUAAUUUUCCUAGAAAAUGCCACUACAGAACGACUUUUUACAAGAGAAAUUUCAACAAAUCCUGAAGUCUUUCUGUGAAGUGACCAGUUUUGAACUUUGAAGAUUAAUAAUUGCUGUAAAUUCCUUUUGAUUUUCUUUUUCCAAGUUCAUGGUCCUUGGUAAUUUCAUUCAUGGGAAAAAAAUCUUAUUAUAAUAACAACAAAGAUUUGUAUAUUUUUGACUUUAUAUUUCCUGAGCUCUCCUGACGUUGUGGAACUGUGGAUACGGAUGCAUUCCAAGGCUGAGGGCGGGAGAAGCACCCGGGCUUUAGCUUUUCAUAUUAAAUAUAUGUUAUAUUUAAACGCUCAUGGCAUAGAUGGUGAUUAACAAACUGUUUAAGGGUCAGUCUACUGUUGCAGUUUGAGAAUUGUAGAUACAACAUCGUACAUACGUCACUUAGUAGUGGUAGCCUUCGUGAAAUCAGUUUGUUUGCUCUUGGAGUUACCACACACUAAUAAAGAAGAGACCAUGGAAGUACAUGAUAUCAACACUUUACCCUAAGUUUCUGUUAAGGUAGAGUUUCUUGUUUAAAAGAAAAUCAGACACACAAAAUCAUCUGAAAAGCAUCCGUAUAGGAAAUGGUAUAACGGUGCUGCGGCAGCCAGAUCGUGCUAGCAGCGAGUCCGGAGUGGGUUGUCUGCUGUGGUCCUAUGGUGGCCCCUGCACUGUGUCUGGUGGGAGCUGGUGCAGAGUGAGCGUGGGCCUUCCUGCCGUGCGGGUAGCUCUUCCGGCCAUGUGGUGUUAACUAGCUGAGAUGUGAUUUGAAUAUAAUCAUCUAAACCUAGCCUAUGUGGAGAUGCUAAGCUGACAGUGGUCUGUUAGCACAUCUGAAGACCCAAAAGGGAUUUUCAGGCGAACUCUCACUGGUCUGUUCUUACCCUUUAGUAUCUACUUCAAAUUGAAGUCUACAAACAAAGCAGUUCCUUUGAGAAGUUUUUAGUUUUGAGUUUAAGCUUGUGGUGCGUGUGCGUGUGCGUGUGUGUGUGUGUGUGUGUUGGAAUUUUUGUCCACCUGGAUACAUUAGCAGGAUAUGAAUGUAGUUCUGGCAUUUGGCCAAUCUGUACGUCUAUUAAAAUCCACUGAUAGUCACACAACCAACAGAACUGCGAGCCUCUGGUUUGCGUCCAUUCUGAACCUCUCAACACUCGAAGGAUUCGCCCUUUGCUUCAGGAAUCAGCGGUUUCUGAUGAGCUAACGGGACAUGGCUGGCACUAAAACAGGAACUGAUCUUAGUUUCGGGCACAGUUGGGAAGUUUCAGGCACAGCCUUAAGCCCAUAUAGCUGUAGUAUUUGUGAUUCUUUCCGCCUGGCACGGCCUGACGCCUUCAGCACUGAUUCAGUGUGUGCCUUUGCCCAGGAUCCAGGUUCUCUGUUCCAGUGCUGUCUGCUGCUGGCCCAGGGAACGACGUUCUCUUCCGAGUCACUAACAGCUGUCAUUGGACUUGCAUCAUAGAGACCUCUCUGGAAACUUUGUGCUCCUGCUUUCUGUUCCUCGACAGAGACUGCCCUUAAAUCUUACCUUCUGGCCUUUAAAGUUUAGCGCUGAUUUUAUUUUUUCUGUUACUGGAUUUCUGUUUCACUUCAGUUCCGGAAAACCUGACCGAUGAUAUUUUUGCUUUGAUUCUAGUGAUGAACUUGUAUUUGCGUAACAAACAAUGAAAGCAGCUUAAAGAAAACCCAAGGAUGCAGCUGCUGCUACAGGCCCAGCUGUGGUUCUUUUUACCGUGCAACAGUUUUGUGCUGGGAGGACGGGUGGGCUGACAUGCGCAGGAAAUAAAGGACCGAAGGGAGUCACACUCACUUGUUAAGCUCCCCCUUUUAACUGUUGUUUGAAAACCAGCCAAGUAAACCUUUAACUGUCUAGAACAGACAGACAGAAGAACUCCUACUUGAGCAUGGUAAGUGGUUCCUUUCCCCCGGUCUCAGAAGGUCUCAGCCAGAGAGAGCCACCGUGCGUAGCAGCUCUCCCUGUGCCUGUCUCCACCUCUGCACACACCAGCUCCUGCAUCCACCUAUCAGUUCUCACUGUUUAUACAGACGAUUAGAAGCUGCAGACGAGUAGCUAAUGCAGCAGUAGCGGAAUGUGAAGUAACUUCUGUCACGGAAAACCCACGGUGAUUUUCACAGUAAAGACUGAGUUUCCCACUUAGCAAAUGCCCCAUUGACGGGUUCAGAACCACUGUGUGCUACCUGAUCCUCACUAAACUUGAGUGUCUCCCUUCUAACCUUACAUUCUCACUAACCAACUGGCUAUCAGUAGUAAUCCAGGCAGCUAAUCCAUACUAAUUCUUUCUUAGUAUCCAGAGAGUUCUGUUGCUUGACUUUUUUUGUUGUUUAUAUUCAGGUUUGAGAUCGAAUCCAGGUCUUUGUGCGUGCUGGGUAGAGCUCUUGCCAUGUUUAGUGUUUAAGACUCUGUCCCUCAGAGUCUGUUAACUCUCAGAAGUACUCACUUGGAAUAUGCUCCUAGUGAGGUUUCUGUUGCUGCUGUCAAUAAAUGUGUAUCAAAAAUUCCAAUACAGCCAUUGAGAACUGGAGGAUGGAAAGGCAAGCAGUAAGUCGGGUCUUGAGAGAUGCAGAUUCUCAACUGAUCUGUAGAAUGUCCCUUUAAUAACACCAGUGACUCCCUGGCGCCUUGUGAAAUACAAGCAUUGAACUUGUCUCAGACUCUUGGUCUACAGCAUAGGCAUCGUGGAAGAAACAGUAGUAUUCAGAGCGUUUACUUUGCCAUGAAAACUCGCCAGAUUUGAAACAGUGUAGGAAAAGGACUCAGAUUGUACUGGUGUGAUGGCAAGUUAAUGUUUAUUGUAGAACGUUACUGCAAAGUGAUGUUUCCAACAGUACACAUAACACAAUGAGUACACAUAACACAAUGAGUACAUACAACACAAUGAGUACACAUAACACAAUGAGUACACACAACACAAUGAGUACACAUAACACAAUGAGUACACAUAACAUAAUGAGUACACACAACACAAUGAGUACACAUAACACAAUGAGUACACAUAACACAAUGAGGCUUCCUUGACAUCGUUUUCCAGUUUGUCAAGGUUGCAGAUUCAGAGGAUAAAGAAGAGUUUCAUUAAGAAUGAAUUCAUGUUUACUGGUAACUUAUUUUUUAAAAAGUGAUCUGCCAAAGAACCAAGAACUUCAGAUGCUAAUGGCAUUGUUGUGGGGGUGGGGGGAGAUUGCUAACAAUGUUCUCUUUUCACUUUCUAGUGGCUAGGACCUAUCCUAUAUCACAGGCAUUUAGGCAGAGUACAUAUACUAAGGAAAACGUGGACACUUUAGAGAGUGGGAAGGAUGGAGAAUGUGCUGGUAAUUUUGAGUGGGAAGGAUGGAGUUCCUGUCAGCCUCAUUUGUAGGCAGAGGUGCUAGCCACUGCUAACUGUUCUCUCCGGAGACAAAACAAAUCUUAACCUUCAGAUAAUGCUGUGACUCCAUGGCCCGCUGCCACAGCCAAGCCGGUCUCUGGUUCCUGCUUUAGAACAGGUGUUCAAACCAAGAGUUUCCUUAAGAGGAAAUGUGUAAUGUAUGCAACGUUCCGGAUGACUGCUAGAAUACUGAACUCAUCAUGAACUUACUUAUAAAUAGUUGUGACAAAAUUAUGAAUAUGAUUCAAUUAUAGAAAGUUUAGAGAAAAAUAGUUUUUCUUGUUGGUUUGACAUUCUCAGAAUAUAUUUCUGGUUCUCAUGAGAGUCAGAGAAUGCCAAGACCACAUGUGUGCUGUAAUCUACAUAGUCCUUGUCUGUGUUCAUAUGGUCCAUUAUUGAACUCUCAGAAUAAAUUCAUUCCUGUUUUAUCCUCCAUUCCCACUGUAAACCAUGGAGGUGGCACACUAACUGCCAGUGUGUGCUCUCACUGCUUGUCCCCGAUCCUGAAGGAAUAGGCCUUUGCUUUCAGUGGCUUUUAUUUAUUUUAUUUUUUGGUUUUUUGAGACAGGGUUUCUCUGUAGCCCUGGCUGUCCUGGAACUCUCUAUGUUGACCAGGCUGGCCUCUGACUCAAGAGAUCCACCUGCUUCUGCCUCCUGAGUGCUGGGAUUAAAGGCAUGCGCCACCACUGCCCAGCUUCAGUUUUUAAGCUUUGUUAUGUCUCCACUUAAUUUUCAGAAUAUUUCAAUCCACCUUAACUGAGUUAACAUCUUUGAGUGCCAACGUUUGCUAGGUAACUGGCUGCAUAAUGCUGAGGAUAACUUGACCCCAUGUAUCAGUCGUAAGCCAAGAUAAGGUAGCCCUGGCUUGGAAGCACUGGAUCGUGCACUCAGCACCUGCUGCUCACACCAACCCUCUCACACGUUGCUUAGAACGGUUCCCUUGGCAUUUCCGCCUUUCAGGCCGUGCCCACAACUUCCUGCCCUGUUUCCACACAUAUGCCACUUUGCUCGGGGAGACACUGUUCUGGCACAUUCGCUGCGAUCUUUUCAGUUCAAGGUGUUUUUAUCUUGCUGUUUUAGAUGUCUGUCCUAUAUACAAUAUAUGCGAAAGAACAUAAAUUACCAGAGGAAUGGGGAUUUACUAAGCUCUAGACAUUUUGAAUGAGGAAAAAUAAAAUAAGGAACUAUAUUUGUGGGUUUGUUUUCUUUUUCUGCCAAACUGGUACAAGCUAGAAAAUGUGCAAAGGACUGAAUAACCUGCCUUGUUCUUUUUGCCACUGGAUGAUUUACAUAAAGAACAUGCUGGUUUAACUAUAUAUUUUCUUGACUUUCAUCAGUUUCGGAAGGAGUCUGACUUAAGUUUUUGGGGUUUGUUGAUCUCUAUUUAUUCCGUCCUGG